UACUCUCUCUGUGGAAUCUUCAGCUUUGAGUUACUUCUGUCGGUUUAAACACUGUUUUUGUCGAUGAUCUUCGUUUAGGUUGGGGAGGAAUAUCUGUUUUAACUCGGCGUGGAGUGAAAAUUGACUCAGUCUAUGGUUUUUUUUCUUUUUUCUCUCUAGUCUGCCGUGAUUAGGGUUUUCCUUCAUGAAUUCGUGCAGGAAAUUCGAGAAUUAGCUCGCAUUUGGGGGCUGGUUUAUGCUUAAUUUUCUGGUUUGAUGGGGUUUUAGUGGGACAAGAAAGAGCUGCUGAAUCUGAGAAAUGUCGGGAGAGAACUUCAGUGCGAGCCUCCAGAAUCCCCCCGUUCCGUCGCCGCCGGUGAUGGAUAACUUGCGCUUGGCCUUCGGCGGCGACGGGGCGGUUCCCUACAAGCCAACCGCGGCGCCCGCUCCGGCCGCCGUCAACGGCGAGAUGGGCGGCGCCGUGGCGGCGGAGGGGCUGAACAUGAACGUGGUGGGAGAUCCGGUGAGGAAGAAGAGAGGGAGGCCGAGGAAGUACGGGCCGGAAGGAUCGAUCGCGUUGGCUCUCAACUCUGGGAGCGCAGGUCAUGCGGCCUUAUCGCCUGCCGGCGGAGGAUUCGGGUCUCCACCUCCUCCGCCGUCUCACGGUGGUUCUCCUACCUUUGCUGCUCCUCAGUCUGGAGAUUCAGGGUCGGCUAGUUUGACGAAAAGAAGGGGAAGGCCUCCUGGAUCUAGCAACAAGAAGCGGCGAGUGGGAGCUCCGGGAUCUGGUGGGAUGGGAUUUACGCCACAUGUGAUCACUGUUAAAGCUGGAGAGGAUGUAUCGUCUAAAAUAAUGUCAUUUUCCCAGAACGGUCCAAGGGCUGUUUGUGUAUUGUCUGCAAAUGGAGCUAUAUCUAAUGUGACACUUCGCCAACCUGCCACUUCUGGUGGUACUGUGACUUACGAGGGGCGUUUUGAAAUACUGUCACUUUCUGGAUCAUUUCUGCUAUCAGAUAAUGGUGGACAUCGCAGCAGAACUGGAGGUUUGAGUGUGUCUUUGUCUGGCCCAGAUGGUCGUGUUUUAGGUGGUGGGGUGGCGGGUCUUCUAACUGCAGCAUCCCCUGUUCAGGUUGUCGUGGGCAGUUUUAUGGCCGAAAGUCGUACCGAAAUGAAAUCGCCGAACCAAGUCGAGUCCUUUCUGGUUCCGGGAAAAUUUGCCCCUGGUGGAGUGUCGGUCGGGCCUAGUAGCCCACCAUCCCAUGGGACCCUCAGUGAAUCAUCUGGUGGGCCUGGGAGUCCUCUGAACCAGAGCACAGGCGUCUGCAACAACAGUAACUCACAAGGCAUGUCUAGCAUGCCAUGGAGGUAAACUAAAUUUGAACUGAUGCUGUGUCCAGUGUACUAGCAACUGUAGUGGCAUAUAAGUUGCUGACCCUUGUGUUUGCUGAUGUUGUAAGCUAGGGACAUGUAGCUUGAAGAACUUUAGGAGAUUAGUUUAAUAAGGGCGUGAGUCCUUGAAACCAGAUUUAGUAAAACUCCCUCUGUACUUCCGUCAUUAAAUGCCUUAGGAACUUGUCGCAAUGCUCUUAUCACUAGGAAAGAACUUCUAGGUAGGACGUUAUCGUUUUGUUAUGCUUCAGUCUGUAACCUUCGCCAUCGCGAUGUUGGAUCGUAACGCAAUAUGUACUUUCUUGAUCAACAUGAAUCAUUUGUCUAUC